AACGCUGCGCGGAAGAUGAGGAGCGGGAAGGCCUCCUGUGCCCUGGAGACCGUCUGGGAGGACAAGCAGAAGCACGGGGAGGACGAGCGGCGCUGCCACGGGCCCGAGGCCGCGCAGGCCGCCGCCACCCAGCAGCUCCUGGCCGAGGCCGAGGCUGAGGCCGAGGCGCCAGCCGUCAACGGGCUGGGUCGGGAGGAGGCCGAGGCAGCGGGCCCCGACGGCGGCGGCGGCGGGAGUGACCCCGGGAGGAGGCCGCUGCAGAAGAAGAGGAAGCGCUCUCCCAAGGGCUGGCCCGGCCCGGCAGACCCGGCCCUCAUGGGCCUCUCGGCCGACCACGUCUGGCUGGACAAGCCGCUCUUUGACCAGGCAGAGCGCUCGUACCGCCAGCGGCUGGCAGACGUGGCUGCCCAGGCGGGCCGGCCCCCCGCCCCAGCCGCCCGGGGGCCCUGCACCCAUGGGAGCCAGGUGGCCUGCCACCACGUGACCUGGGGCGUUUGGGCCAACAAGUCGGCCUUCGACCAGGCCGAGCGGGCAUUCGUGGAGUGGUCGCAGGCCCUGCUGCUGGCUGCCGAGGCGAGCGGCAGGCAGGGCGCCUCCGGGCCGCGCCUGGUCCGCCAGCCCAGCCCGCCGGCCGAUGAGCAGCCCCCGCCGCCGGGCAGCCUGCAGGCGCUGGUGCGGGAGGUGUGGCUGGAGAAGCCCCGCUACGAUGCGGCUGAGACAGCCUUCUACGAGGCCCUGGUGGACAGCCACCCUCCCGGGAAGGUGCGCCUGCAGGAGCGAGCGGGCCAGGCCGAGGGCGCCCGGCGGGGCCGCAGGGACCGGCGGGCCCGCAACGCUGUCGGGGGCAAGCGACUGGGGCCACGGCGGUCCGACGGGGAGGCCCCCUCUGCCCUGCCCUACUGGUACUUCCUGCACAAGGACGCCGAGGCCCCCUGGCUCAGCAAGCCCGCCUACGACAGCGCCGAGUGCCGCCACCACGCUGCCGAGGCCCUGCGCAUGGCCUGGCGCCUCGAGGCCGCGUCGCUGGCUCACCGCCCCAGUGUCCGGUCCGGCCCUUCCAUGUCCAGCCUGAGACCCAACAGGAAGAUGGCCACAAACUUCCUGGUGCACGAGAAGGUCUGGUUCGACAAGUUCAAAUACGAUGAUGCAGAGAGGAAAUUCUAUGAGCAGAUGAACGGGCCUGUGGCUGGCUCCUCACGCCAGGAGAACGGCGCCAGCGUGAUCCUCCGUGACAUCGCGAGAGCCAGAGAAAACAUCCAGAAGUCCCUGGCCGGAAGCUCAGGCCCUGGGGCCUCCAGCGGGCCCAGUGGAGACCACAGUGAGCUGGUCAUCCGGAUCGCCAGCCUGGAAGUGGAGAACCAGAGCCUGCGAGGGGUGGUACAGGAUCUGCAGCAGGCCGUCUCCAAGCUGGAGGCCCGGCUGAGUGCGCUCGAGAAGACCUCGCCCGCCCACCGUGCCACAGCCCCACAGACCCAGCACGUGUCUCCCAUGCGCCAAGUGGAGCCCCCCAGCCGGAAGGCGGCCACGGCCACAGAGGACGACGAGGACGAUGACAUUGACCUGUUCGGCAGCGACGAAGAGGAGGACAAGGAGGCUGCCCGGCUGCGGGAGGAGAGGCUGCGGCAAUACGCCGAGAAAAAGGCCAAGAAGCCCGCCCUGGUGGCCAAGUCCUCCAUCCUGCUGGAUGUCAAGCCUUGGGACGACGAGACGGACAUGGCCCAGCUGGAGGCCUGUGUGCGCUCCAUCCAGCUGGACGGGCUGACCUGGGGCGGCUCCAAGCUGGUGCCUGUGGGCUACGGCAUCCGCAAGCUGCAGAUCCAGUGCGUGGUGGAGGACGACAAGGUGGGCACCGACCUGCUGGAAGAGGAGAUCACCAAGUUCGAGGAGCACGUGCAGAGUGUGGACAUUGCCGCCUUCAACAAGAUCUGAGAGCCCCGGCCCGCGCCUGAGAGUGCGAUGCCUUGCAGCCAAUAAAGACUGAGAUUCCAGCUCU